CCGCGCGCAUCUUCAAGUGUGUCGCCCUCGCGCUCAACAGGUCGACAGACGAAGCCCGCGAGCUCGUUGCGGAAGCGCCUCGCUGUUUCGCGCUGUAGCGCUAGAUGCCGGUAAAAUAGUUUAGUAACAUGUCAAGUCACGUAAACUAUGAACGAUUUGAGGAACAGCUGACGGAUGACGAGUAUGAGGCCGAGGCCUUGGAGUCAUUCACUUAUUCAUCGACUGUAAAAGUUGAAUAUUACAGGUUGUUUGAGUAUUCUGUGACGUGGAACCAACCCAUGUCUCCCAAACGCUCCUCCAGACAACCAAAGUCUUCCAAGAAGAGUCCCCAGAGAAGUCCCAGUCCAAAUGAAGAAGUCUUUCAGCGCAGGUGGAGGGUGAAGAGACCGAGGACCCGACUGAGGGAGACGGAUGCUGAUGAGAGGAAGGACCUCGACAUCAUAGACAUCAUCAACAGGUCGACUGAGGCGAGGCGUGUCGCAGAGGAGGAAGACGUACCGGUUGUUGAGGCGACGAAUGACGAGGACUGUGACUCCGUCAGCAGCAGCGUCGCCUCCGGUCCGUCUCUCCUACACAGCAGGGUCUCGCACAAGAAAGUGAGGCCUUCACAGGGCUUGUGUUCAGCUUGUAAGACUCUCUAUCAGAAGACAGCCAAGAAGAAGGCCCCACUUAAAAAGCAGCUCUUGGACAACAAUCCCGAGUCCCUAACAUGUGACCAGUGGGUCCUGGUCAAGAGCUGGAGACCGAGGAGGCUGCUCAAUGUGAGAGGGAAGCUUUUGAUGUGUGUGCAGCGGCUUCAGGAAAGAGUCGCUGUCCAGAACGGGUCAAAAGGACCGGCGCAGUAUGUGGCAGAGGCAUCAGCCUGCUCCAAGCCACACACUUUCCUUCAGAGGAACCUUCAUCUGCGUAAUAGAACGGCGGUGAAAAGGGGGAGGAAGAACAGGGGGAAGAGGACCAGAGAUGGUUCUCAGGGUCGUCGGGCCGCUAAGCAGCAGCGUCUCCAUAGCAACAAUCAGGGCCAACACAUCAGUAUCAGCCCGACUUGUGGCGGCGGUGGCGCUCUGGAUUUUGACGACCGCAGCAAUCAAGCAUCAGACUCAUAUCUGACUCCCACGUUGAUUCCCUCCACGGUCACCGUGGAAACCACCAACACAAGAGAGGUCCCACCCGAGCAGAAAGCCCCACAGAACUGGGGGUUCAGAGUCUUGCUUGCCCAGUUGCGUGGCAACAGCAGCAUGAUCGUCAGAGAAUAACGCCAGCGAGGUGACUCCCACAUCUCCCACCAGCUGCUUACGUUGUUGCUGCUUAAGUUUUCCAGCUCUAGAGUAGCUUUUUUUUCUCUAGCCAGGCUAUAAUAAAUAUCUUAUUAGUAGUCUCUUAAGUUUACCUGAAGGCAUAUAAAUAAGUUUAUUGGCAAGUUCAUGCAUGUUAUUUAUUUAGUUCAAUAGCAUCUAUUUAAUGUUUCAUUCAACAUGACGAUUGUUCCCGUAUCGCCAGACAUAUCCAUCCCCUAAAAAACAAUAUGAAUACUUUCAGUAAGAUUAUCUAGAAGACUGCGGCUGUGCCCAGAUUACAUAAAACGUACUAACGCAAUUAAAAGUGACAUUAUGUCAACCAGGUUUCUGUACGUUUUUUUGCGUUAUUUACUCAACAAUGCAGUUUGAUUUCCGACAGGAUACAAGUGCAUAAUUUCCUCUUGGUACAUUAGUAUGGAAUAUCUUUUUUUAAAUGUUUGUAUGUUGCCUGCAAACAAUUUAUAUAUUUAUCAAAUACUUUGGAUUUGAGACACAGUGUAUUCCUGCGCUCCAUAUUAAUUAAACCACUGUUCUCCUUGAAUCUUAAAUAAAUAAAAAAUCCAGGUAUCAGUUUGUUGAA